CAGUCACGCCUCUCUACAACCCGAGACGUCAGUGACCACGAUAACGCCGCCAAUCCACUAGCUCCUUGAUCUUGGAGAUAUUUGAAGACCAUCAUGUCUCGUCCGGUAAUAUCAUCCGUCGUCCGCCGGCUAUCGCGACCUCACUCAUCCAUCUCCGCGUUUUCGCCAUCGGCCGCGCCUCCGGUGAACUUCGCCGCAUCGUUUUGCGACACGGCAUCCCUCCGGUCCAGCUUGCGUCCUCUUAAGAAAGCUACGAGAGGCAUCGCGUCCCAGAAGCUUACUCCGCGAUACUCCGUGGUCUUCCACAAUGCAAUCCGCCAGCGCUACCCUUUCUCCUCGUCAGCGAUCCGGACGAACGCGAAGAUCCUACAGAACCCCCGAGUUGACGAGGAUGGAAAAGAACUCACAAUCAAGAUAUCCCCGCGGGCCGCAGAAGUAGGUUUCUAUCUCUCUUUCGACAUCUUCAUAUUUCAGUAUGUUGGGUUGUGAUGGAAGCUGGGUACUCAUGAAUCAGACGGGAGUCGGGUUAUAUGCACAACCCCAAGCUAUGGCAGUGGCAGGAGGGAGGUCAUAUGGUAUCAUCGCAAGAAGUACCAUGACCACUCUUCAUCCAGUACAUACGACCACAGGGUGUGGAAAAUAGGGCUUCCCGUCCGCUCAGCCGUACUCAAGCCACACGCC